UACACACACACACACACAAAAAAGGGAGAGAAAAGUUCGAUAAUUUUGAAGUUGUAGAAAUGGAAUGGAGAGAAUGUUAUUUAGAUGUGAUCUUGGUGCCGCUAGGGCUAAUGGUAUAUGCAGCGUACCAUGUUUACUUGUGGCACAAGUUACGCACGCAGCCUCUCACCACCAUCAUUGGGACUAACGCUAGAGCACGCCGUUUCUGGGUCGCUUCCAUCAUAAAGGACAACGACAAGAAGAACAUCUUGGCCGUUCAAACGCUGAGAAACUGCAUAAUGGGGUCGACUUUAAUGGCAACAACAUCGAUCCUGCUCUGUGCGGGUCUAGCUGCAGUUAUAAGCAGCACAUACGCUGUGAAGAAGCCUCUAAACGACGCCAUUUUUGGAGCUCGCGGAGAGUUUAUGGUUGCUCUCAAGUACGUCACGAUCCUCACCAUCUUCCUCUUCUCCUUCUUCUCUCACUCACUCUCAAUUCGCUUCAUCAACCAAGUCAACAUCCUCAUCAACACUCCUUUUCCUCCGGAGGAUUUGGAGGACGAGAUGAUGAUGACAGCAGAGGAGUACGUGGCGGAGUUGCUAGAGAGAGGGUUUGUUCUGAAUACUGUUGGGAAUCGGUUGUUCUACGCAGCGCUGCCUUUGAUGCUUUGGAUUUUUGGACCGGUGCUUGUGUUUUUGUGCUCUGUCGUGAUGGUUCCUCUUCUUUAUAACCUCGAUUUCUUCUUCUUCGGUAAAGAAAGAAGAAAAAUCGAUAAAGAUAACUCUUGUUUUGGAUCUGUGUAGAAUGGAGCUUUUCGGUCAGUAGAACAACUGAACAAGUGAUUUGUAGUUAAGUGAUACUAUCGUCCUAUUGGUUAAGGCCAGAACUACUGAAUUGCAUGACGAAUUUACAUGGAAGUUGCAAAUUUCGAAGAUUAAUUUUACGUUUUAAUUUUCGAUC